GAGCCGAGGAGGAGGAGGAGCCAUUAGGGGGGUCCUGGGCUCUGAGCCAGCUCCACGCUGCUGAAAACCUCUCUCACUCCGCUUCCCUUCUGCCCGACUGCUCAGACGAGGACCCGAGGAAGAGCAACACCCAGCUCCCUUGGGGAGCAUCUACCAGCCUCCCCACCCCCUGGCUCCUCCUCUUGGGCCUCGGACCCGGCCCUGAAGCAGAAGAAGGGAUGAAAAGCAAAAUCUCUGGUAGCUAAGUGUGAAUUACGAUUGUUUCAAGAUGGCCCAGGCAUCCACCGGCCAAAGCACUGUGGGCAUUGCCGAUCCAGAGGAGAAUUCUCCAAAUAUGAUCGUCUACAGAAAAAUUGAGGACAUCAUUACCAAGAUGCAAGAUGACAAAAUUGGAGGAGUCCCAAUUAGGACAGUCAAGAGUUUCCUGUCUAAAAUCCCCAGCGUGGUGACAGGUACAGACGUCGUGCAAUGGCUCAUGAAGAACCUCAGUAUAGAAGACCCAGCGGAAGCUAUCCAUUUGGGAAGUCUGGUGGCAGCCCAAGGCUACGUCUUUCCCAUCUCUGACCACGUCCUCACCCUGAAGGAUGAUAGCACUUUCUACCGCUUCCAGGCCCCCUACUUCUGGCCUUCGAAUUGCUGGGGACCCGAAAACACGGACUAUGCCAUCUAUCUCUGUAAGAGGACAAUGCAGAACAAAGCCAGACUGGAAUUGGCAGACUACGAAGCUGAGAAUUUAGCAAGACUGCAGAGGGCUUUUGCAAGGAAGUGGGAAUUCAUCUUUAUGCAAGCAGAAGCACAAGUGAAGAUCGACCGGAAAAAAGAUAAAACCGAAAGGAAAAUUUUGGAUAGUCAAGAGAGAGCAUUCUGGGAUGUCCACAGGCCGGUGCCAGGCUGUGUCAACACAACAGAAAUGGACAUUCGGAAAUGUCGGCGGAUGAAAAAUCCCCAGAAAGUCAAAAAGUCACUCUAUGGAAUAACUGAAGAUUCUCAGUCUCAGAGCCCCAUACACACACCUGCUCAGCCAGUCAGAAAAACCACAAAAGAAGACAUCAGAAAACAGAUAACGUUUCUGAAUGUGCAGAUGGACAGACACCGUUUGAAAAUGUCCAAAGUCGCUGAAAGCCUGAUGGCCUACACAGAACAGUAUGUGGAAUAUGAUCCUAUAAUAACUCCUGCUGACCCAUCCAAUCCGUGGAUAAGCGAUGACACCACUUUAUGGGACAUCGAAAUGAGCAAAGAGCCUAGCCAACAACGGGUUAAGAGAUGGGGUUUCUCCAUGGAUGAGGUGUUGAAGGACCCAGUGGGAAGAGAUCAAUUUCUCCGUUUCCUAGAAUCGGAAUUCAGUUCAGAAAACCUCAGGUUUUGGUUGGCUGUCCAAGAUCUCAAGAAACAACCUUUACAAGAUGUGCCUACCAGGGUAGAAGAAAUUUGGCAGGAGUUCCUAGCUCCGGGUGCUCAAAGUGCUAUCAAUCUGGACUCCCACAGCUACGAGAAAACAAGUCAAAAUGUCAAAGACCCAGGGAGAUACACGUAUGAAGAUGCACAGGAGCAUAUUUACAAGCUGAUGAAGAGCGACAGCUAUGCCCGAUUUCUGCGUUCUAGUGCUUACCAGGACUUGCUGCAGGCAAAGAAGAAGCCCGAGAACGAUCAAGGCCGUAGAACUUCCUUAGAAAAGUUCACUCGCAGCGUGUGCUGCUGGCGCAGAGUAAGAAUGACUUUUCACCCCCGAGGCGGCUACCUUCCGGGAGCGGGGAAAGUCCCUGGCGGGCAAGCGCCUCACCGGUCUGAUGCAGUCCUGAUGAUUCCUUCACCCGGGCCCGGAGCCGCCUACCCCGCCGGAAACCGGAGUCGCCCUGCUUCUUCUGAGAGCAUGUCAUUUCGGGGAGAACUGGUCACUGUGAAAGAAAAAGAGUGAACUGAGGGGGGCUGGGGAGAGGAGGAAGAGGAGGAGGCCGAGGGGACUUGGCCAAGGGGAAAGCAGGCUGACGUAGAAGAGAGCUACCCCCAGGCUGUCUCCCUCUUACCAGGUUUACAUCGACCCUUUCAUACCUAUACAGCUUUGUAAUGCCACUCGGUUCUCCGAGACUCAGGGGGGACAGAGACUGAGGGUUUACCUCCAUAUCAUAAUAAUGGUGACGAUAGUCUAAGUGAACCACCAUCACAGGAAUCUAGGGAACUGCAAACCAGAUGGAGCCAGCGGUCAAUACCUAACCCAUCCUGCUGGCGAGGUGGGAAGCUGGGACUUGACACCACCGGCUUGGCUGCCUUUAGUUCUCUCUGAAGCGAAGCAAUGGGCCAAAUACUCUUCCUCUUCUAAACCCACAGUGGGUCUCUUCAGACACCGGAAGUGAUGCCUCCUCAUUUGACUCCCUCGACCUCUUUAGUGGACCUCUCCUAUAAUGGAGAGGGCUUUCAAGAUGCCCUUCAAUUGCUUGCCCUUCACCUUGGGCCCACGGGUCGGCUGAGCACCUGAGAUGCGGCAUCUUGAUGGCCCGGUGACCCCUCCCCAGACGUGUCUGGCUCCAGAAGCAGCAUUUCUGGGGUGGGAUUUGAGAGACACCCCCCACACCAACCAACUUGUAUCUACCCUGGCACUUAGAACAGGUCUUGGUAUAUAAUACGGCCUUGACACAGACCAAUCUCUUCAGUCGGGCCUGGGAGGGAAUAAUCGGAACAGAAAACAAAAGAGGAAGGAUAUUAUACCACCGUCUUUGUGGUGGCCACCAAAGCUGGAUUUCCCCACCGUUGUUUGUGUCCCUUGUGCCGGUGUGAUUCUGGUUCCCGGGGCUGCCCAUAGGUUAGAUGAAGGAACGAGCACUGGUCUCCGAAUUGACACACGUGCACCUCUGAGGUCACAUGCUGUGAUGAGACCCGAUCCCGUGUGGAUCUGGGCUUGGUUUCCUCCAGGGAGUAACCGUGGGGGCAGUGCCCGGAAGCAGACGGAGAUGGCUCUGUUCACAGUAGGCGAGUUGACCAAAUGGUUGAAACUAGACUCUCUGGUGGCACGAAUAAGUGAGUCUCAGGUCACAUUUUUCUCCCACUUUUGACGAAUCCUUCCCAGAAGGGAAAAAGCCUGAAGAUCCCUCCCCCAUUUCUUCCUGCUCUCUCAUUUUGGUGUCCCAGAAUGCCAUUCACCUCUCCCACAACCCAUCCUCUCAGCUUUCCUGCUUGAUCCCAGAAUGCAUCCAUGCCAUAGACCUGUUGGACCAUGUGGGGCCGAUCCCAUGGUCGCACAAAGACUUGGUUUCCCCACCUGCAAAAUGGGGGCAUCACCCUACUUGUUUUCUCCUUCAGUGAGAUGAUGUGGAGACUAAAGGAGAAGUAGUGUGGUCUAGUGGAUAGAGCACAGGCCUGGGAGGCAGAAGGACCUGAGUUUUA